AUGGAAGCAAAUCAGCUUCCGGAGAAGGGAGAACGAUUUUAUUAUCAGCCGCAUAUAUUCCCUGGUAUGCAGAAUGUGUGGGUGAAUCGCACCGACACGACAGUUUUCCGUGAAGAGAACAUCCGAUGUGUUGUCAACAAGGAGAAGCGGGAGAUCAAAGGCAAUAUUGGUGUUGAGUUCUCGUUCACAAAGGGCGUUGUUCUCUCCGGUUCUGGCUCGACGCUCAACUAUUAG